CCUCUGUCCCAGUAUCCCUCUCUCCUCCUCUGUCCCAGUAUCCCUCUCUCCCCCUCUGUAGCUCUCCUCCUCUGUUCCACUCUGUUGCUCUCCUCCUCUGUCCCAGCCUGUCCAUCCCUCUCUCUUCCUCUCCUCCUCUGUCCCAGUAUCCCUCUCUCCUCCCCUGUCCCAGUAUCCCUCUCUCCUCCUCUGUCCUCCUCUGUCCCAGUAUCCCUCUCUCCUCCUCUGUCCCAGUAUCCCUCUCUCCUCCUCUGUCCCAGUAUCCCUCUCUCCUCCCCUGUCCCAGUAUCCCUCUCUCCUCCCCUGUCCCAGUAUCCCUCUCUCCUCCUCUGUAGCUCUCCUCCUCUGUAGCUCUCUUCCUCUCGUCCUCUGUCCCAGCCCGUCCAUCCCUGUGUGUUGAGAUGUCGUCCCUACUGAGGAAGGAGAUGCAGAGAAUGUUGUUUAGACCUGAAGGACAGAAACUACAGAAGUUUAUAGAGAUACAUGAAGCAACACCGGGAAGACAUUUUCUCUGCGUUUACGUGACCAAGACCAAAGAGGUGCAGCUGUGUGUGGUGAGAUCUCAGAAAUCACUGUAUUCUGGAUCAAACAAGUUGCACAAUUCCCAGAAAUCCCAGAAUUCCGGAUCGAAAAAGAAGCUCAAGUCUCAGUUUUGCCUGAGUUCCUGCUUGGAGGACUCCUACCUGAGGACGGAAGUCUGGCUCCUGCAGGACCUCACCCUGCUGGACGGCCGGGAUCCGGACGUGGACGACCCGUGUUUCCUGAUGCACUUCUCCACUGUGCGGUCGGUGACGGCCUUCAGCUGCGGCGCCAAGUACUGCAUGGCGCGGGCCCUGGUUGCCCUGAGCGACAAGCACUGCGGGCGACCUUUGACUCUGGUGAACUAUGACCUGGCCUACAUCAGCCCGUCGUCUGUAUAUUUGAACAGAGGAGACUGUGUGGUGCUGAUGCAGAUAUGUUUCUACGCUGCUAACCUGGUGUGUCUGUCCUUGUGCCCUGUACCUCUGGACUGAGAGAGAUAUAUGUAUUUAUUAAGGAUCUCCAAGGCAGCAGCUACUCUUCCUGGGGUUUAUUAUGGAUCCCCAAGGCAGCAGCUACUCUUCCUGGGGUUUAUUAUGGAUCCCCAAGGUAGCAGCUACUCUUCCUGGGGUUUAUUAUGGAUCCCCAAGGCAGCAGCUACUCUUCCUGGGGUUUAUUAUGGAUCCCCAAGGUAGCAGCUACUCUUCCUGGGGUUUAUUAUGGAUCCCCAAGGCAGCAGCUACUCUUCCUGGGGUUUAUUAUGGAUCCCCAAGGUAGCAGCUACUCUUCCUGGGGUUUAUUAUGGAUCCCCAAGGCAGCAGCUACUCUUCCUGGGGUGCGGCAAAAUGAAGGCAGUUAUACCAUUUUAGAGAGAGAGAGACUGAGUGUGUUUUUUAAACCUUUAUUUAACUAGGCAAGUCAGUUAAGAACAAAUUCUUAUUUUUAGUGACGGCCUAGGAACAGUGGGUUAACUGCCUUGUUCAGGGGCAGAACGACAGAUUUUUACCUUGUCAGCUCUGUGAUUCAAUUUCGCAACCUUUCAGUUACUAGUCCAACGCUCUAACCACUAGGCUACCUGCUGGUUACUAGUCCAACGCGCUAACCACUAGGCUAUCUGUUGGUUACUAGUCCAACGCGCUAACCACUAGGCUACCUGCUGGUUACUAGUCCAACGCGCUAACCACUAGGCUACCUGCUGGUUACUAGUCCAACGCUCUAACCACUAGGCUACCUGUUGGUUACUAGUCCAAUGCGCUAACCACUAGGCUACCUGCUGGUUACUAGUCCAACGCGCUAACCACUAGGCUACCUGCUGGUUACUGGCCCAACGCGCUAACCACUAGGCUACCUGCUGGUUACUAGUCCAACCACUAGACUACCUGCUGUUUACUAGUCCAACGCGCUAACCACUAGGCUACUUGCUGGUUACUAUUCCAACGUGCUAACCACUAGGCUAUCUGCUGGUUACUAGUCCAACGCGCUAACCACGAGGCUAUCUGUUGGUUACUAGUCCAACGCGCUAACCACUAGGCUACCUGCUGGUUACUAGUCCAACGCGCUAACCACUAGGCUACCUGCUGGUUACUAGUCCAACGCUCUAACCACUAGGCUACCUGUUGGUUACUAGUCCAAUGCGCUAACCACUAGGCUACCUGCUGGUUACUAGUCCAACGCGCUAACCACUAGGCUACCUGCUGGUUACUGGCCCAACGCGCUAACCACUAGGCUACCUGCUGGUUACUAGUCCAACCACUAGACUACCUGCUGUUUACUAGUCCAACGCGCUAACCACUAGGCUACUUGCUGGUUACUAUUCCAACGUGCUAACCACUAGGCUAUCUGCUGGUUACUAGUCCAACGCGCUAACCACGAGGCUACCUGCUGGUUACUAGUCCAACGCGCUAACCACGAGGCUACCUGCUGGUUACUAGUCCAACGCGCUAACCACGAGGCUACCUGCUGGUUACUAGUCCAACGCGCUAACCACGAGGCUACCUGCUGGUUACUAGUCCAACGCGCUAACCACGAGGCUACCUGCUGGUUACUAGUCCAACGCGCUAACCACGAGGCUACCUGCCGUGUGUGUGAGCGAAUCAUAAUCUCUACCAUGUAUCAAGAAUACACUAUUUAAAAUGAUUGUCUUUCCACAUUUCUAAGUCUCUGUGUUGCAUGUACUAGUAAACCUUCUGUCUCUGUUCUGAUUCUGAACGUUAUAACACUGUUCCCUAAGCAUGUGAAAUUAUUCAAGCUAAUAAUCUGAAUAAAA